AUGUCUGCCAGAGAAAUACUGGGUCUAAGUUCAGCCAAAGAAGUUGCAGAGAAGCGGGUUUUAGAAGGCAUGGACAAGGAGAAAGAUACGCCAAUAUUAUUGGAACCUUGUUUAGUUGAAGAGCUGAGAGGUGUUGAAGAAAAGGUAUGUCCCAUAUCGAUACCAUCAGGUCUUGGCUAUUCCAUAGCAAUUUGCAAGGAUGCAUCAUUGGAUGCAGCCUCAGAAUCCUCGAAAAAGAUUGUAUCCUGGGGAUGGAAUGAAAGCUGUAAGCUUGGUAGGCCAGGGCCCGAGAACCUUCCGCUGGUGGUCGACGGAUUAGCAGGGGAAUGUCCAGUGUCAGUUUCGGAAGGGCGCGUACAUUCUAUUGCUCUCACGUCCAAGAGACAGGCAUGGGUAUGGGGCUGCGGCAGAAAUGGAAGACUUGGAUUGGGAAGCUCCAAAGACGAGACCGAGCCAACUUUCUUAAGACACUUUAGAAGGUCUGGAAGUUCUACAGGUUGUGUCAGGUCUUGA